AUGCAGAAACGCACCCAGCCAGCAGGCCAAACAGGCCCAGUCACGACAAGUCUACAAGAAACUGGCCCAAGUAGCAGCAGCAGGGCCCAAGCAGGUCGUCGCGUCGUGAAGGCUAUCGGACUAGGGUUUCAUGAUUUCGGAAGCUGUUAUCUCGAGGAAUUUUCUCCCAAAUCGAUGGGCCUCCCCUCCGACCUCCACCGCGAGAUCCUCCUCCGCCUCCCUGCCUCCUCUCUCCUCCGAUUUCGCGCCGUCUGCAAGUCUUGGUGCCACGAGAUCGACGAUCCAUCCUUCGUCAGGGCCCACACGGUAAACCACCACCUCACCUCCACCUCCACCUCCAACUCCAACCUCCUCCUGACAUCCAACUCCGACGCCAUCUACUCCCUUCCCCUCGAUUCCCUGAACUACGUCGAUGGCCAGCGGACCCUCAGUGCCACCCGGCUCCCGAGCGCCAUCCUCCCGCCGGGAUCGAAUCGCAUGUCGAAGGCGGUCUCCUGCAAUGGCCUCGUCCUCAUCCGCCACAAAGAGUGGGUGAUAUGGAACCCUCUCACCGGAGAUUAUCUCGAGCUGCCCCCGAUCUGUCUCGCGAGCAGCCGAAUUUUGGGAUGCGGGAUAGGGUACGACCCGUCAUCAGACGACUACAAAGUGGUCAGUAUCCAUAGGGAAAAGAAACUCGUGUACCGGACUCACAUCUACAGCCUCAGAUAUAACUUUUGGAAGAGGAUAGAGGAGAAGUGCCCUUCCCGCCCUUCCCGCCUAAACUCGAGUGCACCCACAGUGUUAAACGGGGCCCUGCACUGGUUCUCGGCGAAAGCGGACGAGGUAAUUGCACUGGAUCUGGCCACCGAGAAGUUCCGCAAGCUGCCCUUGCCAUAUCGUAAUACGUCGUAUCUCUUGCAUUCCAAGGUUUUGGGAGGGCACUUGGUCGUGGUUCAAAAUGAAGACUUGUGCACAGCUUGGGUUUUGAAGGACUAUGGAGCUUUGAAACCGGAAUGGGUGAGGCUGAUCACAGCCACGGGACUCGGCCUCAUCAAGAAGGACACACGGCUUGUGAUUUCUUAUGACCGCAUGAUUUUACUUUGGGAUGUCCAGAAUCAUUCUGAGAAGGUCAUAUGGAUUGAGAAGGAGGUGAAAUUUUGUCAACCUAUGAAUACUCUUAUUGUUGGGGAAAGCAUUUUCCGAUUUGGGGUGAAGAGGAACUGGAGUGAGGCUGAUGAUAAGAGGAGUGAAAAGAUUCAAGUGCUCUUUGGUGAAAAAAAGAGCCCUUUUCUUUGCACUUGUGGCCAUCAGAUGACAGAUUAA